GCACCGUCUGAUUUUGCCCGAUUGCUUGCAGGAGGAGGCCGAUGUCCAAGGCGGGGUCGCACGCCUCCCUGGCGCUCAGCAGGCGAGGGCUAUCCGCCCACUCCCACCUGGACGACGGGGCGGCCUCAAAGGUCACCGCCAUGUCCGACCUCGGCCACCCGUACUACCCGGGGCCCGGGCCCGGCCUCGGCCACGGCCCCGGCCUGCCCGACUUGGGCCACGGCGCCGAGAGCACCCCGUUCCCCUACCCCCACCUGCAGGUCCGCGGCCUGGAGGUGGAGGCGCGGCGCAGCAAGCGCCAGCUGCUCCUGCAAGGCGUCUCCCUGGAGGUGCGCGGCGGCGAGCUCAUGGCUAUCAUGGCCACCUCCGCGGAGGAGGGUACGGCGCUGCUCGACACCCUGGCCGGCUGCCCGUCGCGACUCGCGGGCCGCGUGCACGGCGACAUCCUGCUGAACGGGCAGUGCAUGCCCAGGCGGUCGCUCAGCAACCGUGUGGCGUACGUGCGCAGCGAGCGCACCCUCAACCCGUACCUGAGCGUGGAGCAGACCCUGUACUUCACCAACUGGCUGCGGCAGCCGGGCUACCAGGGCGCCAAGACGGACACCAAGGACCGGGUCGCGGCCCUGGUGGAGGACCUGGGCCUGGAGCAGGUGCGCCACACCAAGGUGUGGUCGCUGACCACCUCGGAGCAGCGGCGGCUGGCCGUCGCGGCGCAGCUGCUGCUCGACACGGACGUGCUGGUGCUGGACAGACCCACCGCCGGCAUGGACAUCUUCGACACGUUCUUCCUCGUCGAGUUCCUGCGCCAGUGGGCGGGCAACGCGGCGGGCAGCGUGACGGGGCGCGCCGUGGUCAUGACCAUGCACCCGCCCACGUACGAGAUCUUCACGAUGCUGUCGCGCGUGGCGCUGCUGUCCAAGGGCCGCCUCAUGUUCUGCGGGCGCCGCCGGGACAUGCUGCCCUACUUCGCCAGCGCAGAGUACCCCUGCCCGUCGUACAAGAACCCCUCGGACUACUACCUGGACCUGGUGACGCUGGACGACCUGUCCGCUGAGGCCAUGCUCGAGUCGAGCCAACGCAUCGAGCAGCUGGCCGACGUGUUCCGGCGGCGCGAGGAGCCGCUGUCGGACCCGGGCGCGCCCGCGGGGCUGCCGCCCUCGGUGCGCUCCGCCAACGUGCUCAAGCAGGCCGCGGCGCUGCUCGUGUGCUGGACCGUGUACGCGCAGCCCGGCGCGCUCUCCCGCUGGCUGGCCCACCUCGUGCUGGCCGUGGGGCUGUCGCUCUUCCUGGGCGUCGUCUGGUGGGACGUGGCCGCCUCCGACCCGCAGCUCCUCCUGGGCGACCGCAUCGGCUACCUGUACGCCAUGCUCGUGGUGCUGCCGUGGCCGCUGUUGCUGCAGCAGGCGGGUUGGGGCGACACCUGGUGGCGGGCCGUGGCGGACGACAUCCGCGACCGCCUGUACGGCCGGCUGGUGUACAUCCUGUGCCAGAUCCUGUACGGCCUGGUGCCGUCGGCAAUCAUCUGGGCGGGCUACGUGGUCCCCGCGUACACCAUGACGGGCCUGCAGAACCAGGCGACGGACCCCAACGCCUUUUACAUCUACACAGGCUACUCGCUGCUGUACCUGGUGGCCUUGCAGUCCCUGCUGGUGGCGCUAAGCGCCACGCUGCGCUCGCGGCGUGCGGCCGGGCUGGUGGCGGGGCUGGUGCUGCUGCCGCUGGCGCUGCUCUCGGGCCCGCUGCUGCACGAGCGGGACAUGGAGCCCUGGCUGCAGUACGCGGCCCUGGGCUCUCCCAUGCGCUGGGUGCUGCCCACCCUGGUGCGGAGGGAGUACGCGUCGGACGUGGUGGCCGCUAGCGUGGCCAACAUCAUGUGCAGGAACAAGCAGGUGCAACACCAGGACAUCAUCGUGCAACUGCCGUGCCCGCCGCCCAACGUGACCGCCGCGCUGCAGUACCACGGGCUCGGGCCCAGCCUGGACGCGGCCGCGUUGGCCUUGUUGGCCGGCCCAGUGGGCCCUGCGAGCCCCGUGGGUCCGGCGGCGACCAAAGCGGCCCUCUGGCCCGAGCCUGGGGCGCUCGCCUGGCCCGCCAUCGCCCUGGCCGUGUUCUGGGCCACCUUCGCCGUCCUGGCCUGCUUCGUGUUCCCGCUGACGGCACUGCGGCACCGCGCGAGGAGGAGACCAACCAGUCACCGGCCGUAGUCACACCGCGCGCGAUGGAGGCGCGGGGCAGUGUCAACUUUGCAAUCUUAAAGCGUUGAUAAUUUAAGAUUUUAAAAGUUUGAACGAAACUUAUUUCUAUGAAUUCGCAUAUUUCUGUUUUCUUAAUUCACCUGUAAUUUCAAAGACAAAGCAGUUGGUCCCCACAAGAAAAAGAAAACGUACUCCUCGCAUAUUACCAGGUGGCUGAUUAACCCCGCUAACUUACGGGUCGAGCGUGUAGGCAACCCGCUCGCACUCGCGCAUGCGGUACAGUAUAACUACAUAAGUGAGCUGGGUUAAACAACCACCUGGUUUAUGUCACAGUUAAAAUUUAUUUUAAAUAUAUAUUCUCAGGUAAACUUGACUUUGCUAUCCAGCCCUUCUACACUGUCGAUUAUUAUUGGUCCUGUAAUAAAGAAAGCUGCCAUUUUGUGUCUUAGUGUAAGGAAUCUCAGUGUAGCAAUGUUUGACUUCAUCAUCUGGAUUAAAAUUGUAAGUUUAUACAGGUUUUAAUGUUAUAAUCUAGGUAGGUAGAUAGGUAGAGUAUUUAUUUUAAAGCAGUAUGUCAGCCACUUUCUUGAAGUGGGCGACAUACUGGGCGAGCUUUGUGCGCGGGGCGGCUGUCCCGGGCUGGCCCCCCGCUCGAUGCUCCAAAGUCUGUUAUUGUUCUGCUCAAAUUAUCGAUACUUCGUCGCUCAUUACGUCCUCUGACUGUUGUACAUUUGUCUAAAAUAAAAUGCCUUCCGCGCACUUCCCAGUUGGAUGUUUGACGAGAGUUGGGAAAUCAUUGUUAUUUUGUUGUUGUCCUUUUUUGCCAGUAUUCGCUUAUCCAACUGCGUCCGUACAAUAGACAGACGAACCAAACCCCCGCCGGGUACGUGAGCCGUGGCACGGCCUGUGAAACCAUACACCAGCUAAGGCAGUCAAGCAGUCAUGUCGUUGUUGUCACUUCAUGAUACAUUGUUGUGUUUUAUACAAAAAUAGUUGUAAAUAAAUUAUAAAAAAUGAUAAU